CCAACAUCAGCAACUUAUCCAACGACAGAGCUGCGCUGCUCGGUUAUAGAAGCCUCCUCGAGGCAGCAUCUCAAUAUGCCUGCUGUCGGAGACCAACACAAGCCGAGUGCCAGUACCACAGCCAACCCGUUCGAAGAACCAAAGCAGCGAAUAAGCGAGUACACAGCUCAGGAAAUUGCAACCUUACAGAACCGAUUAGACAAACAGCUGGGCCCAGAGUAUAUCUCCCAAAGACCAGGACCAGGUGGCCAAAAAGUACACUAUCUUUCAGCAGAUAAGUUAAUCAAUCUCGCAAAUGAGGUGUUUGGCUUCAAUGGAUGGAGCAGUUCAAUCCAGAACAUACAAAUCGACUUUGUCGACGAAAAUGCUCAGACGGGGAAGAUUUCUCUAGGUUUGUCCGUCAUUGUACGAGUGACCUUGAAAGACGGUACACAUCAUGAGGAUAUCGGAUACGGACAAGUCGAGAAUGCGAAGGGAAAAGCAGCUGCCUUUGAGAAGGCGAAAAAGGAGGGCACAACAGAUGCAUUGAAGAGAGCGAUGCGGAAUUUCGGUAAUCUACUGGGAAAUUGUGUGUACGACAAAAGCUAUCUGGCCAAAGUCUCAAAGCUGAAGGUUCCCGCCACAAAAUGGGAUGCAGACAACCUCCAUCGACAUCCUGACUUUGCUCCAAAGAAGCAGGAUGACGAGGCCAAACGAAAUCCGUCUGGUCUUUCAAGAGCAGCUUCAGCUUCUGCUGAGUUUGAUGAUACCUUCGAUUUUCCGGAUUUCGAGGUCGAGGAUUUCGAUGCUAUCGACAUGGCUCAGCAGGACGAGGUGGCAAUGCCCUCGGAACCUGUGGAUACGGCUCGAAGGCCGGGCAAUGGUGGUUCAGAAGGUAUGCCUCCACCGACCAGAGCAGACCUGACCACGCCCUCAAAACCACCAGCUCCAGUUCCUCGACCUGUAGUAACCAGAUCAGCUAAUGGCUCUUCCACGAACAUCAUCCCUCAGCCUCUUCCUGGUCAACGUCCUCAAGCUAUGCCGGCUCAGCCUGUAAGACCGCUCGCAGGAUCAGACCCCCGAGCUGCCGUAGAACAAUGGACACGACCCUCCUCUCCCAAUGUUGCAUCUGAUCAUUUCGCUCAGCAGCCCGGCGGUCAAGCCGCACCGGGCCAACCGUUUCGAGCUGGAUUCUAUUCAGCCAAAGCGGCCGGCAAUAUCGACGCCAACAAUAAUGUCAUUCCUACAGCUGCAGCGGCAGCUCCGAAGUUCAAUCCUCAUGCUGAAAGUCCGUCCAUACGCAAGACAUCUGGUGUCGACCACAACAAAUCUGCUCCGUUGAAGCGUGACUUAAAACCAGAUACGAACCCCCUACCCACGAACGUCAUUAACCCACAACUCGACCAAACUCGGAGGGUUGGAGCUCCGGGUCCGAAUGUACAGUUCGCCAGCAUCCGAGGACCUAGCACUUCUGCAUAUCGACCCCCAACACGACGUGGACCUGAGCCGGCGGCCAUUCAUACAACGAAUCAACCUGAGCAAGGAGCUGCCAAACGGACGCCACUCGGAGACGUGAGCAACAUGCAGCAUAGUGUCACAGCAACCACUCCUGAUGGGGCUGAUGCUAAAAGACAGAAAAUACUGGAUUCGGGCCAGGACAGUGUCAACGGUGUUUCCAGUGAAAACAAGCCUGGUGCAUAAAGAAGUGUGACAGCCGAGAACAUGCGUCGAAUCAAAAGCACUGGGAGUAUUUGUGCUGAAAGAUCAGGUUGUCUGAUCUUGUCUUUAAAGGCAGCGAGGUGCAACUGGAGGCCACGGUCUUUCUGAUUUUCUUCCGCGAGCUAUGAGGGCAUGCUGUUGUCCGAAUGCUAUGAUUGAAUGAAUAAGCCAAUAUGAUACCAUCUUGCCAGGCG